AGCGCUUUCUCAACACUGAGUAAAACAAGCAUGGCGAGUUCCAGUAGUGGUGAAACUUCCAAAUUACAGACUUUUAAAUGCUUAGGUUUAAAUUCAUGGCUGUACAAUCAGUGUAAAAAUAUGGGAUUAAGUAAGCCCACUCCGAUCCAAGUGAACUGUGUCCCACCAAUUCUAAAUGGACAAGACUGUAUUGGCUGUGCUAAGACUGGUAGUGGUAAAACAGCAGCCUUUGCUCUGCCUAUACUCCAGAAACUGUCGGAGGAUCCAUAUGGGAUUUAUGCUCUAGUUCUCACUCCAACCCGGGAGCUGGCGUUCCAGAUUGCAGAGCAGUUCAAAGUCUUGGGGAAACCAAUUGGAAUCCGGGUAUCAGUCAUAACAGGAGGAUUAGAUAUGAUGCAGCAAGGUCUGGACUUGGCGGUCAAACCUCACAUAGUCAUCUCCACGCCUGGUCGUCUGUCGGACCACAUCCAGAGCUGUGACACUUUCAGUCUCAAGAAAAUCAAAUUUCUGGUUCUAGACGAAGCCGACAGACUGAUAGAAGAUGAUUUCGGAGAACAACUUGAAGCCAUAUUUAAAGCGAUACCUAAGAAACGACAGACUCUUUUGUUCAGUGCUACCAUGACCAAAACCUUGGAAAGUCUGCAGGAAAUAGGCAUGAACAAGCCGUUCUUCUGGCAGCAGAAGUCAGAGACACUACUGGUAGAUGGCCUGGACCAGAACUACUGCCUGAUGGCUGCCGACGUCAAGGACGCCUACCUGAUGCACAUCCUCGACAAAUUCACCGAGGAGAACCCGAGGAGUUCCGUUAUAAUUUUCACCAACACAUGCAAGUACACACAGAUUCUAGGAAUGAUCUGCACCAGUCUAGGCCUCAACUGUGUAAUUCUACAUGCCAUGUGCAAACAGAAGGAGCGGCUGGCCGCCCUGGCAAAGUUCAAGUCUAACCAGGUCAAAAUCCUCAUUGCAACUGAUGUGGCCAGCAGAGGUUUGGACAUUCCAACAGUAGACCUAAUCAUCAACCAUAACGUGCCGUCCCGACCGAAAGACUAUGUACACCGAGUCGGUCGAACAGCCAGGGCAGGUAGGGGAGGCAUGUCUAUAACCUUGGUGACACAGUUUGACAUUAAGUUGAUCCACGCCAUUGAGGAGUUUACAAAGCAGAAGAUGACAGAGUACAAGGCUGAAGAGAAGAAGGCCUUACAAAUACUUGUGGAGGUGGCCACAGCCCGCAGGGAGGCUGAGAUUAAAUUAGAUGAAAAAGACUUUGGAGAAAGGCACGCAAUUAACAAGAGGAAAAGAUUGAUAUUGGAAGGGAAAGAUCCAGAGAAAGAAGAAAAGGAGAAACAGAAAUAUUUGAAACAGAAACACAAAGCGUGGAAGAAACAACGAACGAAAAAGACGAAGACAUGAUCUUUUUGUUAAUGUUAUAUAAUUGUUUUAUUUUGUUGUUGUCCAGGAACAGCUAGAUUUGAUUAAAGUUGCCAUCACAAGUUAAAAACCACCAAUGAAAUCAUCCAAAUAAUGCCUUCCGACACCAUGACAUUUUCAGGUCAAUAUGAGUUUGAGUUAAACUCAGCAGCCCUCUGUCAGUGGCUAUAAGAAGCAAUUGUGUGUUUGUCAGUACACACCAGACUAUUGUGAACAUAGCUGACACAAAACUAUUCAUAAUGAAAUAUUUACAUUAUAGCUGAUUUAAUUGCUUUAGGAAGGUUGCUGGUGGUUCUUUACUUGCUGUGUACCAGGAUGUGUGUCGGCAUAAUUGUUUUAGUGAAACUUGAUGUUGGUUCUUUAGUUGUGAUGUCAGCAUUAAGCCAAAUGUUUUCAACAUUAUCAUUUGAUGUUGCACAUUCUAUCUCUAAAAUCUUUCAACACUGUAGACCAUAAUGGACUCAUCCAUAUCAGUACAUGGUAGAGUCUACUAAAGUUACAUAGGGGUGAAAGGGUUAAUGUCUGUCAGAAUUGAAACCUUCAUUAUUACAAUCAGUUAUUUGAAGGGUUUGACUCUUAAUUAAUUUUCAUUAAAUACGUUUUAUAAUCAAAAUCGUUAUGGCGUCAACAAGUCGUGUUCAAAAAGAACACGCCCACAAAAGGAACGGUUGUUUCUGCGUGUCACUCACUGUAUUUGGCUCGUCUAUUGGUCGAUAGAACGUUUGAGGUCGGUGUCGUCCUUGAUGUCAAAAGCAGUGUACAACAUUGUAUCUUUUUCGGAGACUUGCAGACAAGAUGGUCAGAGAAAGAACUGUGUAACCAUUACUUUAGCUUACAAAAGAUGGAAAUCUUUUCAAUUUGCCUACAUCAUCUGUUAUUGCAUAACAACUGGUUGUAGAUGUAAAAGCGUUAAGGAGCCUCCCUAUCAUUUCCAAGUUAAUGACUGUCCAUGCAUAAGUGUUUGCUAAAUAGCAUUAAUAUUAGCAUGUCUAUUGUUAUGGUAAUUUGUCUUUAUCUAUCAGGACUAACUAUUCCAAGGUGAAAUGAUUGAGACAGGUGGAAGGCUAUCAUUGAGAGAGCUCAUCACCCACGAAACAAACAAAAAUAUGUGAUAUAUGGCAAACUGUUCACUGUAAUGAAAUUAACUUACGGGAUUACCUCCCCUUACCCACUGACUUGAUUUCUAUCACCAUAUAGCACAUUAGCACAUACGACCAAACUUUUCAGUGGGAAUUGAUGAGGAUACCAAGAAAUCUUUCCAUAUUAUGUUAUUUUGUUUUGUUUUGUUGGGGUUUUUAUUGUGGGGGGA